GGUGCGCGCCCCGCGGGCCGCUCCCCGCCGCCUCAGCCGCAGCGCUUCAGGCGAGCGGGCCGCCGACCCCCGCAUCGGGCGUGCGGCCGGCCGGCCGGCGCGCUGAGGCGCGGAGAGCGCAGCCCGGCGACGCCGCGGUGGGUCGCAGCGGCCAUGGGGGCCCUAACGAGCCGGCAGCACGCGGGCGUGGAGGAGGUGGACGUCCCGUCCAAUUCCGUGUACCGCUACCCGCCCAAGUCCGGCAGCUAUUUCGCCAGCCACUUCAUCAUGGGAGGAGAGAAGUUUGACUCCACGCAUCCGGAAGGGUACCUGUUUGGAGAGAACAGCGACCUGAACUUCCUGGGGAACAGGCCAGUGGCGUUUCCUUACGCUGCCCCUCCUCCCCAAGAACCUGUGAAGACCCUGAGAAGCCUGAUCAACAUCCGGAAGGACACGCUGAGGCUUGUCAAAUGUGCUGAGGAGGUGAAGAGCCAUGGAGAAGAGGCGGGCAAGGCCAAGGUCUACUACAAUGUCGAGUUCACCUUUGACACAGAUGCCCGGGUAGCCAUCACCAUCUACUAUCAGGCCACUGAGGAAUUCCAAAAUGGGAUUGCCAGCUACAUUCCGAAAGACAACAGCCUGCAGUCAGAGACCGUGCACUACAAGCGAGGAGUAUGCCAGCAGUUCUGCCUGCCCUCCCACACUGUGGACCCCUCAGAGUGGGCAGAGGAGGAGCUUGGCUUUGAUCUGGACCGGGAGGUUUACCCUCUGGUGGUCCACGCCGUGGUGGAUGAAGGGGAUGAGUAUUUUGGCCACUGCCAUGUGCUUUUGGGCACGUUUGAGAAGCACACGGACGGGACCUUCUGUGCUAAGCCCCUCAAGCAGAAGCAAGUGGUAGAUGGGGUCAGCUACCUUCUUCAGGAGAUCUAUGGGAUCGAAAACAAGUAUAACACACAGGAUUCUAAGGUGGCUGAGGAUGAAGUGAGUGACAACAGUGCCGAGUGUGUGGUGUGUCUCUCCGAUGUCCGAGAUACCUUGAUCCUGCCCUGCCGUCACCUCUGCCUCUGUAACACCUGUGCAGACACCUUGCGCUACCAGGCCAACAACUGCCCCAUCUGCAGACUGCCUUUCCGGGCACUGCUUCAGAUCCGAGCCAUGAGGAAGAAACUGGGCCCUUUGUCUCCAACCAGCUUUAACCCCAUCAUCUCAUCCCAGACAUCAGACUCUGAAGAGCAUUCAUCAUCAGAGAAUAUUCCACCAGGCUACGAAGUGGUGUCUCUCCUGGAGGCCCUCAAUGGGCCCCUCACCCCAUCCCCAGCUGUCCCUCCACUUCAUGUUCUUGGAGAUGGCCACCUCUCAGGAAUGCUGCCAUCAUACGGCAGCGAUGGCCACCUGCCCCCCAUCCGGACGCUGUCCCCCCUUGACCGCCUGUCUGAUUGCAGCAACCAAGGACUCAAACUCAAAAAGAGUCUGUCCAAAUCUGUUUCCCAGAAUUCUUCUGUGCUACAUGAAGAGGAAGAUGAGCGCUCUUGCAGUGAGUCUGAGACCCAGCUCUCUCAGAGACUGUCAACUCAGCAUCCUGAAGAGGGACGUGACAUGACUCCAGAGAGUGAGAACCUCACCCUGUCAUCUUCAGGGGCUGCUGACCAGUCGUCUUGCACAGGGACUCCGCUUUCCUCCACCAUCUCCUCCCCAGAAGACCCUGCUAGCAGCAGCCUGGCGCAGUCAGUCAUGUCCAUGGCAUCCUCCCAGAUCAGCACUGACACAGUGUCCUCCAUGUCUGGCUCCUACAUUGCCCCUGGCACAGAAGAAGAGGGAGAGGCCCUGCCCUCCCCGCUAGCUGCUAGCAGGGCUCCCUCAGAAGGAGAGGGGACACCAGCGGAGUCCCCUGACAGCAAUUUUGCUGGCCUUCCAGCUGGAGAACAGGACGCAGAGGGAAAUGAUAUCACAGAGGAAGAGGAUAGAUCGCCUGUGCAAGAAGAUGGCCAGAGGACAUGCGCAUUUCUAGGCAUGGAGUGUGACAAUAACAAUGACUUUGACAUCGCAAGCGUGAAAGCACUGGACAAUAAGCUGUGCUCUGAGGUCUGCUUACCCGCCGCAGCUCCGGAGUCCUGCCCCAUAGACAUUGAGGAAUAGGUGCCUGGCAGCAUGAUGAUAACAUAGUCAACCGUCACAGUCCCCGGUGCCAGCACUCAUCGUCUAGCAGCCUGGAGGACCCUGACGAGAACAGGCCUCGUGUAUGGGACCCUUUGGCCGUCUGAGGGCACCUGCACCAGUGCCUGGGUCCCCUCCCGUCCUUGCAUUCCAUCCGUCACUGGACCGCAGCCCUUCUGGGCAUCUUCAACAAGACUUGUGGACUCUAUACUCACACGGAUGAGGAUGUGGAGUGCAGCCUCAUCUCCUGUAGCCAUGAUCCUUACCCUCUCAGAAAGAACCGGAAGCCUUCCUCCUUGUGGGCUGACGCUGUAGGUGAACUGUAACACAGCAGUCACGCCCAGUGCCAGUUGAGCUGAGGGCCAGGCCUGGUCGUUUCUUUAGCCUUUUCUCCACUCAGGAGAGAGACCAAGAGGACUUGGGGAGUUGGCAACUUUGUUACAGACAGGUUCUGGUCUCUGGCACCUCACUGAAGUGGUCAGGGUUAGCUCCAUGACCGAGGCCACCUGCACUAGGAGUUCCUUUCUCAAGUCUUUAGGAGAUGGUGACAGCCAGAUCUGGAGCAGAGCUGGCCUCCUGUGCCCCCAUUUAGGAUGGUCACCCUUGCAAGGCCUUGUCCUCCUCAGGUGCAGUCAGGAAGGCCUGCUGGGUCCCCCGUGUACAGUGCUAGGGGUGACCGUUACCGUAGCCCAUCUUCACUACCGCCAUUGAGAGGAGAUCUCAAACCCAACUACUCUUUCUCAAAAACCAGACUAAGAGCUGCAGAUCAAUGGUUCUCAAGCUGGUGCACAGGAACACCAAGGGAGUGUGGAGGCUCCAAGAGCAGCUGUAGGGUCGCCUGGGGACCAAGGGGUUCCAAGACUUCCCUACCCUAGUCCAUUCCUCCCCUGCCUUCAGAUGGGAUGGGCCAAAGGGACAGACCUCCAUGGGCUCGCCAGUGCUCAGAUGCCGUCCAGUCAUCCAAAGCCAUGGCCGCAAGCUAGCAGGAGACUGCUGGGUGCCCACCUUUUCCAUCUCAGUGAUUUCCCGUGGCUCUUCAAAGGUCUCCUGGCCUUUGAGCAAGGUAGUUGUUUAGUGUCACAUGACACGGCUGGGAGUCAAGAUUAGAAACAGUUACUUAUGAGGGUGAGAUAUGAGGAGCUUUAGACCUGGCAAGUGUGGACCUACAAAGCUUUCCCAAAAACCUCCAGUGCCCAGGAUCCUGGGGGUGGGGUGGGGUAGAGAGCUUGGCUUCAAACUUGCUGUGUAGCUGGGGAUGACCUUGAACUUGUGAUUUUCCUGCCUGAACUGCCCAAGCAUUGAGAUGACAGGCCUGCACCACUUCUACAGCUCUCCUUGUCCCUCUUGUGUGGCUGCAGAGCAGGAGUGUGGAAGCCGCACUUGGAGGCUGAGAUUCCGUAGUGCGCGGUUUCUGAACACCCUGUGGACGCUGCCCUUUCCUUCUCCAGCAUUCACACUCGAGGUCUACACCAGUAGAAGCUGAGCAAUAACCACACUUCCUCAAAGGAUGGCGCAAACGCAACAGGGAAGCUCCCUUAGCCUGGGUGGUGCACGCAGACCCAACCCCUCCCCUGGCAGGCAGGGGGUGAGCGGUAUUCACAGUGUGGUGUGGCCUGGGAGGAGGAGGGAGGUACUGAGAUGAAGGAAAUUCAGGCAAACAGUAGCCACAGUGGCCAGGAGCCCCUCCCCCACAGCAAGUGCCCAGCUGGCCUAAGCCCCAUAAUCCAGUACCGAGGCUAGAGCAGCCAUCACUCUGCCUUGCUCGGUCCUGCCCCUCACUCUGUGCUUUAGUUCCUGGCAAGCAGAAACAGCCCGUCCACACUCAGCCCACUCCAUCAUUUGGAAACAGUCCCCUUGCUAGGGUUGCCCAAGAGUAGAGCGGGCACCUUCUCCUGGAGGCUCACCACACCGCCGCUGCACUUUUCCAUGCUCUGGGUACUGUAGUCUCCGUUUCCUCAAAGAGCCUUUUACAUUACCUAAGUUACUGCCACCAGAGUUUCUACCCCCUGCAGCAUCUUCUGGACCCAGACACCAAGCCGUCUGUCUCACCGGGGUGCCAGUCCUGCCCACCUGGUGUUGGCAUGCCGGCUACUCACUGCUUUAGGUCUGCACACCUGGUGUGUGUGUGUGUGUGUGUGUGUGUGUGUGUGUGUGUGUGUGUGCAGCCUGUGUACCCUUCACACUCCCUGGAGUACACUUGUCGGCACACUACAGUGGGGACAUCAAGAUGCAAUAUUUAUGGAUUGCUGCAUGAUUCUCAAAAGUGAAUAAAGCUGUUUACAAGGGAA